AUGACGCUCUGGGGCCCUGGUGAGGGUGAGACCGACAAUGGCAGCUUUGCCAUGCAGGCAGGACCGACAGAAUUUGGCAAAACCAUCAGGCCCGCCGCAGCCCCAGCGCCGCCCAAGAAGCCAACAGUCAGUGAUGAGGAGGAGGAGGAGGACGAAAACCCCUUUUCUGUUUACGAUGUUGAUGAGGAUGAUGUCAUCGAUGGUGAUGAGCCGCGCGUGGGCAAGGUGGCCGCGGCGGCUUCCCCAGAGCCAAGUGCCAUUGGAACCCAGGCGCCAGCAGGCGGCGCACCUGUAUGCGGCGCCUCAUCCACCAUCAGCUCUGGCAUCAUCCCCGCCACAGCGCCCUCCACAGACGCCAGCAUGGGCAACCGCAGCCCCGGGCGCUCCACUGGUGUGGACGCGGCACCCCUUGAGGCGGCCACGGCGCCGCCCCAGCGCCAAGACCAAAAAGCUCAGGAGGUGGAGCAGCAGCAGCAGCACCAGCAGCAGGAAGGGCAUCAGCUGCAACAGGGCUUCGAGCAGCAGCAGGAAGUUGCAGGUGCCACCGACCGUGCCGCCGCCACCCCGUCGGCACCAAUGGGUGCCCGCAGCGCCAGCCCCGCCGCCAGCGCCGGCACCACGAUGGUUGUGGAUCACCCUGCUUCUGAGCGGUGCAUGGAUGGAGACGGCAGCAUCUCAGCGGUGGACGGCUGCAAUGCAGGCGGCAUGGCGCUAGAGGGCACAGAGGAGCAGGCGGAAGACGACGGGAUGGUCACUGCGCCGGCCGUGCAUGGGCCUGCUCCGCCGCCAACAGAGCCGGUUGAAGUGCUGCCCGAGAUCCUGGUGGCCAGGGCCACCCCCGCCAGCGGUGCCGCCAUCACGGCGGACGAACACCCGGCGUUCAACUCCACGCCUGUGCACAUCGCGCCCGCAGCCGCGCUGCCAGAGACGCCCACGGCAGACCAGCAGCAGCACAACGCCAGCCCCGCCAGCCGCCUGUCCCUGGGCGCACUGCCGGCGCCCUCGCCUGCACCCGCCGCGCCAGCGACCCAGCAGCCAGCGCCCACGCAGGCGGUGGCCGAGGCGCCGGCCCAGGUGGGGCACAGCGCCGAGCAGCCUGCGGCCACCGCGAUCGCCCGCACCGCCGGGGCCGCGCUGGCACUGCCCAAGCCGCUGUCGCCGCGCGUCAAGGCGCUCCAGCUUCAGACAGCGGAGGUGGGCCCUACUGUGAGCCCCAAGCGGGCAGCGGCGCUCAACGCCAGCAAGCAGCAGCAGCAGCUCCCGGGCCUCACAAGGCACCCCCUGCACCAGCAGGACCGGGCCCAGAAGGCCCAGCUCGACGGCGCAGCUGCACCGCUGCGCGCGCUGACGCUCUCCGCGGCACUGCCACUGCAGCCGCAGCUCCAGGGCCCCACCUUCCCGCAGGCAAAGGGCCUGGUGCCCCUGGUGGCCCCCGCCCCUUCCGUGCCAGCCUGCAUCCCGGCAGCGCCCAAGCCCAGCCAGAUCACUGCCAGGCCAGCGCUGACGCAGCUGCCGGCGCCAUCGGCCCCUCACCAGGCGCCGCCCGCCCCGGCUGCCGCGCAGGCCCCGGGCAGCGGAGCGACGGCCAGCUGCAAGAUGCUGCUGGCCGCGCGCUCCCUGGAGGACGAGGUGCUGGAGCUCAGGGCCGGCGCCGCCGUUGCCGCCAACGCGCUCACACGCCUCGCCAACCCCGCGCUCGCGCGCCGCAUCGACAGCCUGGUCGCGCUGUCCGCGGACGGGCUUGACAGCCGGGCCGGCGGCGAGGGCGCGGGCGUUGUUGCUGGGGGCGCUGUGCCGGGCGCAGAGGCGCAGGCAGUGGAGAUGGAUGUGGACGGGGCGGAGAGGGGCGCAGCGGGCGUGCGCGCGGAUGGGCAGGUGGUCAAGGGCGCCCCAAUCUCUGAGCCAGCCACACUGCUCGUGUGA